AUGGAUCGUCCCCAAAACGUUAAGUCGUCAAAAGUUAUCGACCAAUUACAUCUGCAAAUUGAUGAGCUCAAGCAGGAAUUAGAGCUGGUCAAGUUGAGCGCAGAUGAAUACAAGAAAAAGUACACUUUGGUGAUGCAAAAAAAUGAUCUGACUCUUGAUCAAAUGGCUAAUCUCAAACACGAAAAUGAUAUGAUCAACGCGUUAUUGAAGCGCAAAGAACGUCGUAUCAUAGACCUCGAAGAUUCAUUCAAUGAGCUCAAUCUGAAUAAUGAACUGUUACAGUUAGCAAACAAGAAUAUGAAGAUUCGUUGUGAAAACUUGCAAGAAUCAACUGCCGCGCUGACUGCUGAUCAUGAACGUCUUAAGAUUGCUUAUGACGCGUUGUUGGCAUCGCAGAAUGAGUACAAAAAGCAUUAUCAAAAAGAAUUUAACGACUUGGCCCAACAGUUUGAAAACUUCAAGAAAGAGCAAGAGCAUCGGUACGGAUCUUUGAACCAGAAGUAUGCCGAUAACGACAAGGACAUCGACGCAUUGUUGGAAUCUUUAACCAACAAACGUAAAACCAUGGACAACUUGUAUGUCAAUAAAAACAAGGCUGUCGUGGAAUUGCUUUCCAAACUUGCGCAUAUUGCUCGUAUCCAUGGACAAGAGUCUAAGCUUGUAUUGGAGGAAAAUGUUCAGGUAAUCAAAGAUGUGCUCGCCAAAUACCCUGACUUGAAGGAGAAGAUUGCAUUACACGAAAAAGUUGAGGUUGAUUUAGACUCUUUACUUCUGGAAUCUCAGGAAACUCUUGUUAAUUGCUCCUUUGAUGAAGAAGUUAGUGAACUGGACGAGAUCAAGCGCACGCUGGUUGAGUCUACGGUAUUGGGAGGAAAUACCAACACGGCUAACAAGCGCAACCUGAUCCAGUCCAAGCGCCGCAAGUCAAAGCGGGCUCUGAUGAGGUUCGACGGAAAGCUGGCUCCCGAUUUCAGCCACAUCAAUACACCCCAACUGACUCCCUUGUCGUUACCCAAACGGCCUAAUCUUUCAAAUAACCCCGGGCGGGUAGUACUGGGAAAUAACCAUGGUCGAACUCCAACUCCUCCGGGUGACGACUAUGGCUAUAAAGGUAAUCAGAACGGUUGGAACCCGGGUCACCACCACUCUCAGCUGUACUCCAUGUCGAAUAGCAACAUGGGUAAUCGUCUGUUCUCAAACCUGUCACGUCACUCACGGCAGACUCUGUUGCUGAUGGCGCAAAACUCUAAUUACCAAUUCGGUGCAUCCAAUCAGUUCGGCCAAAAUGCUGGAUACCAAAAUCAAUACCAAAAUAACGGUUAUCAGGGCAACUAUCAAAAUAAUGGCUAUCAAAGUAACGGCUAUCAGAAUAACGGUUACCAAAACAAUGGUUACCAGAACAACCAAAGAAAUAACAAUGCCAGCAAGAGAAGGUCCAUGUCCCAUUAUAACAACAAGCGGGUCUCCUCUGCUAACUUUGACAUGUCUCAAAUGAAUUUGCAUUGA